AGCAACAGGUUAACACUCCCAUUUACUUGAUCGUUUCCAAUCAGUCUAUCACUCCUCUCCUUCAAGUUUUAAAUGAAUCUUUUCGUUCCCAAAUCGAUGUUGCCGCAGCCGCAGUAUCAAUAAUGGAACUGAGCUUGUCGUCCUCGAUCUCCUCUUGGACUCCAUUCUCUUCGUUCCGCUCCCCUCGCUGCCACUGUGCUCCAUUGCUUCGCAAGGAGUUCCUCGGCAGUGGCCACAAUCUGAGGCCUCCAGGCCUCCGCUUUCGACGACAAUGCAGGAAGCUAGGGUUUCGAUUUCAUUUCCACUCCAGGAAUUUUCUACUGAGAGCUUCACUCGACUCGCACUCCGUCGUUCUUGUCGUCGCUGUCACCGCGGUGGCUGUCUCUGCCUUCAUCCUUGUCUUUCACAAUUAUUCCAAAAGAAGGAAUAAUGCUCAGGACAAACAGAUGUCAGGGAGGCUGACACAUCCCCUAUUUCAACAUAUCAAAAGUAGGAUGGACAGCUUGUCUAUGGAAGAGUUUAUACUUCUAAAUAGGAACAUUCCUAUUGAUAAAAAAGUAGACCUACCAAUUGAAAUGAGCAACAAUACUUUUCAUCAUGACGACGUUGUGGCUGAGAUGCAUCUUGAUGAAAUCAAUGUGAUGAAUGGAGCUACUAUUGCUACAAACACAUCUGAGUUGUCUAUUUGUGAAAUGACUGCUUCUGUUGUCAAUGAUUCUCUGCACACAAGAGAAUCUGAAGGUUUGUCUGUAUCCUCUCUCCCAUUAUUGCCAUCAGAACCAGAAGUCGCAGGAUCUACUCUUAAUAUAGAGCCAAGUGAAAUGCAAUUGGAGAGGUGUGAACAUGAAAGUGGAAGUGACAGUAAAGAGACCAAGCUACUUCUUGAAAAAAAGCCACAUAUUGCUUCAUUUUUUCCAGUUAAUGUACAAAGUGGAGUUACUCAAUUUGGAAGACUAGACCAUGAAAUUUUGACAGAAGGUCAACAAAUAAAGCCUGACCUUAGUCACCGUGAAGACCUCUACACAUUUUAUGAGGCACCUAUGGCUAAAUUGAAUGGUCUUGGAGCACUAUCCUCUGGUAUUUCUCUGCACAAGAAUGGUAACUCAUCACUCUUCAAGGCUUCCGUUGUAGACGGAGAACAAUUUCUUAGACGACAGCUCUCUCACCGCGCAGAGGAAACUGAAGGCCAUGAAAAAAGACACGUUUCAUAUUAUAACAAUGGCUCAUCCCAUUGGAAAGAAGACAUGGGAAAGAGAAAAGAGUCUCCUGCUUAUAAGGACAAUGCAAAACUUCACGAGAAUAGAUCGAAGAGUUUGUCUCCAACCCAUAAUUUGAAAGGGAAGCACGUGCAUGACAGAAAUCGUUCACCACAGCUGUUCGGUGGUUACAGUAAACUUUUAAGAGAUGGACGGUUAAAUGAUUGCAUUGAGAUGCUUGAAGACAUGGAAAGCAAGGGUUUGUUGGAUAUGGAUAAAGUUUAUCAUGCAGGGUUUUUUAAAGCCUGCAAAACUCAAAAGGCUGUCAAGGAAGCUUUUCAUUUCACAAAGCUUAUCCCAAAUCCAACUCUAAGCACAUUCAAUAUGCUUAUGUCUGUCUGUGCAAGCGCUCAAGAUUCAGAGGGAGCUUUUGAAGUGUUGCAACUUGUCCAGGAGGCCAGAUUGAAAGCAGACUGCAAACUGUACACUACCCUCAUUUCUACUUGUGCUAGAGCUGGGAAAGUUGAUACAAUGUUCAAGGUUUUCCAUGAAAUGGUCAAUGCUGGAGUGGAACCAAAUGUUCAUACAUAUGGUGCACUUAUUGAUGGUUGUGCCAAAGCUGGGCAAGUUGCAAAGGCCUUUGGUGCUUAUGGAAUUAUGCAGUCAAAGAAUGUCAAGCCAGACCGGGUUGUCUUCAAUGCACUUAUCACUGCAUGUGGCGAAUCAGGAGCAGUGGAUCGUGCAUUUGAUGUCUUGGCAGAAAUGAGGUCAGAGAUACGCCCCAUAGACCCUGAUCACAUUACUGUUGGUGCCUUGAUAAAAGCAUGCAUUAGAUCUGGUCAGAUUGAUCGGGCGCGAGAGGUGUACAAAAUGCUUGAUGAAUAUAAUAUCAAGGGAACUCCGGAGGUUUACACCAUUGCUGUUAAUAGCCAAAAUGGUGAUUGGGAGUUUGCUUGUGCUGUCUAUAGUGACAUGACAAUAAGAGGUGUUGCCCCUGAUGAGAUGUUUAUCAGUGCAUUGAUAGAUGUUGCCGGACAUGCUGGAAAUCUGGAUGCUGCAUUUGAAAUUCUAAAGGUAGCAAGAGCUAACGGAAUACCUUCUGGAAGCAUAUCAUAUAGCUCAUUGAUGGGAGCCUGCAGCAAUGCAAAAGACUGGCAGAAGGCACUGCAGCUAUAUGAAGAUAUUAAGGACAUCAACUUGAAACCAACAGUUUCCAUGAUGAAUGCCCUGGUGACUGCCUUAUGUGAAGCAGAUCAACUACAGAAGGCUACAGAAGUCCUAUUUGAAAUGAAGAUGCGGGGUUUAUGCCCAAACACCAUAACAUACUCGAUUUUACUAGUUGCAAGUGAAAAAAAGGAUGACCUGGAAGUUGGCCUAAUGCUCUUUUCUCAAGCCAAGAAGGAUGGUGUUGCCCCUAACCUUGUUAUGUGCAGGUGUCUAAUUGGUAUGUGCUUAAGGAGAUUCCAGCAAGCUUGUGCACUUGGUGAGCCGGUCUUUUCCCUUAAGUCUGGCUAUCUACAGCUUGACAGUAAAUGGACAUCACUGGCCUUAAUGGUUUACAGAGAAGCAGUUGUAGCUGGUGUGGCUCCUACUGUGGAUGAACUUUCACAAGUUUUGGGAUGCUUGCAACUUCCUCAUGAUGUAUCCCUUAGGAACAGACUCAUUGAGAAUCUGGGUGUUAGUACUGAUACAUCGAAAGGCUCAAAACUCUUCUCAUUGGUUGAUGGAUUUGGGGAAUAUGAUCCACGUGCAUUUUCACUUGUUGAGGAGGCUGCUUCACUUGGGAUUGUACCUGCUGUCUCUUUAAAACGAAGCCCGAUUAUUGUCGAUGUGAGGAAUUUGCCUAUCCAUGCAGCUGAGGUAUAUAUCUUGACGGUACUGAAGGGUCUCAAGCACCGUCUCGCAGCUGGUGUAAAGUUGCCGAACUUGUCUAUUCUACUGCCACUGGAGAAGACACAAAUUCAAACUCCAUCAGGGGAGAAAACUAUUAAAGUUGCUGGAAGGAUUAGCCAAGCAGUUGCAGCAUUGCUGAGGAGGCUUGGACUACAUUUUGUAGGGAAUGAAUCCCAUGGGAAAGUAAGAAUUAAUGGUGGUGCUGUGAAAAAAUGGUUCCAGCCAAAGCUUGAUUCUCCUUUUAGUGGAAAGCCUACGGAUCGGAGCUCAUUCCAAAGGCGUUUGGGUAAAGGAAUCAUGUAUCAACAGAGAAACAUUAGAACAGGUGAUUUGUCUUUAGACUAGUCAGUCUGUGUAUGGUCCAAGGCAAUGCAUGAGGCUUAGCUUAUUCACUGCCCUGUUAGUUAGCAUUGCCGGGCAGUUGGAGUGGAAAGGUUUAUGGGAUGAUCACUUCUAACUACUUUUUACUGUAAGUUCAAGCAAGGUUAAGAUGUUAUUAUCAGGAAAAUAGUAGAGAUAGUCCUUGGUUUUAGCAUCGUAACAUCUCCUAAACGAGUUGAGAUGCGUGUAGCCUCUUAAAAAUAGUAUAUAUGCUCCUUGGACGUUAUGAAGACACGAAGUCUUCAGAGAAUUUUGUAUAAACUUAAGAAGGAGAUAUAUUAUUCAUUUAUUGUUAGUAUAGGUUGUAGAAAUU